AUGAGUCGCUCUUUAGUUCAGAUUGGCGAUCUGGUGGGCGGAGGAGACUCAAAAAUGCUAAGUUUGCUACGACCGUAUUAUUCAAUGGUCGAAAUGGGUGCCAACGGCAACAGGCAGGCAGUCGGUUCAUAUAUGCACAUUUUGCCAGAUGAAGAGUACGGAGACAAACCUAUUUAUAGUGCUGGCGCGUCGAUGGGCGGCGGCAUCGAGCCAGCUGGCUAUAAGCAUAGCUAUAUGUCACGCCCGUUCGGGAAGUGA